AGAUUCAAUUGCUUUAAGUAGAACAGCGGAUCACAGAACAGCUAAAGGAAUAAAAGCCAAAUUAUUAACUCUAUUUAAUGGUGCAUUAGAAGUAGUAAUUGGUAAAGCAUUAGCAAGUCAGCGUGAAUUUGGACGUGAUUAUGGAAAUAUUUGCAUUGGUAUUGAUGGAAAAUAUGAUUUAAAUGCAGAUUAUGCUCCAGUAUUAUUGAUUGUUCUUAAAAAUGAAGCUGAUUAUGCUUUAAGUAACAAAGAAAAUAAUCAAACUAUAAAACUGGCAAUUAAAGCUAUUAAAGGAAAUAUUCCUUGUAAUAAUAUAUUAUACCAAUAUAGAUGGUAUUAUAAAAACUUAAUUUUAGGAAAUGGAUUUUAA